ACAGUCCCAUUAUUGUUCCAUUCUAUUUCAGGGAGGUACAAUAUACGGAAGCAGAAUGAAGCGGCCUGGGACAUGUACCAGCGGUACGGCCCUGUCGUGGGAGAACAACUCCCUGGAAGGCGAGUCCUGGUGCACCUUUUCAACGCUGACGACAUUAGAACCUUGUACCAAGAGGAGGGACGGAAGCCUUACCGAAUGGGAGCACUUCCCUUCAAGCUCUACCACACGGAGAGAAAGGACUACUUUGCUAACGCUGGCAUACUGAAUGCACAGGACGAAGAAUGGCACCAGAUAAGGUCAGCGGUUCAGCCAUGCACCUUUAGGCCUCGGACUAUUCAGCUUUACGCUGAAGCGAUGGGAAAUAUUGCUGAGGAUGCCGUGGAACUGAUCGCCAGUGACCGCGAUGAAAAUGGAGACGUAUCGGAUUGCUACAAAAUCAUGCAGAGAUGGGCAUUGGAGUCCGUCAUGUUUGUCUCGAUGGAUAGGCGACUGGGUCUGCUCGUUAACCCUUUGCCACCUGAGUCAGACGCAGCUGGAAUAUUGGAAGGAAUUCUUACAGUGUUUUCUUGCAUGGACGAACUCGUGACAAGAUUUCCUUACUACCGGUAUUUUCUUACGCCUACUAUGAGGAGCUUCCAACGAGCCGGUGAUUACCUAACCUCGCGCAUGUUUCACAUGAUGAAGGAAGCAGCGGAAGAGGACGAAUCAAAGCGCGAUAGCAGUCAGAACUGCACAAUCCUCCGGCACCUCUACAACCAGCAGAAGAUGGACUUCAAGGAAAUGUUCACUUUUCUUCACGAUUUUGUUGUCGGCGGAACGGAUACAACGUCUGCCGCGGCCACCUACACGUUAUAUAAGUUAGCAAUGAACCCAGCAGCCCAAGAAAAAGCACGGCAAGAAGUUCUCGCUGCCACAAAGGACUGCCCUGGGACGUUCCCUGCACAGAUUCAUGAUCAACUACAUUACGUCAGAGCCUGCAUCAAAGAAGCACUGAGGUUUCACCCCAUCAUACCAGGAGUGAACAGGAAAAUCAACCAUGAUGUCGUAAUGUCAGGUUACCUCAUACCCGCUAAUACAGUAUUACGCACUGAGCCAUUUGUAGCUGGAAGACUCGAGGAGAACUUUACUCGGGCGUCCGAAUUCCUGCCUGAAAGGUGGCUACGGUCGAGCGACGACAACUCGCAGAAGACAAGUGAUGGCUCUUGGCAGCUACACCCAUUCGCCUCUCUCCCGUUCAGCAUUGGACCGAGAAUGUGCAUAGGCAGGAGAGUCGCUGAGAUGGAGAUCACCAUUCUUGUCGCCCAGGUAUGUUCGAUAGGGUUCAAGCGUUCUACGUAAGCUUUCAGCUCAAAAGUUCUUGAAGAGUUGUGCAUAUAUGUCACACGAGUUGCGAGAUGUGAGACGCGGAGUUCAAUGAUGAGGAUUGAUAGACAUGUACGCAUAGCGCUCCCUUUCUUUAGUGACGAAGGUGGUCUGGCUAGGCAAAAAAAAUUGCAUCUGGUGAAAAAAGCUAGGUUUAAGAAAUGAUUUACGGGUUCCCACAGCAAGGAGUAACUUGAAUAUGCUGUUAAAAUGUGAUUAUACAGGCCACUCGGCUUUCCAGAGUGCCUAGCAACUCACUGUUGGUCCCCGUAUGUGUCUUUAGGGCGCUCUUUGACUCUUCUGGGAAACCGCACGCUUUGUUGUGAGCGACUGCAGUUAUACCAAAGAGUCAUAGUGGUGUCUCUACUACGAAACCCGUAAUCUUGUUUGAUAACUAGAUUUUCGCAAAGCAUAUAAUUUUU